AUGAGGCUAUCAAUAUCUUGUGAUGCAUGUCGACGGGCGAAAGUCAAAUGUAAUCAUGAGGGCAACCCGCCCUGUCAGCGCUGUCGAAAAAUAAAGAGUGACGAUUGCGUCCUGACAGAUCCUCGAGCUUCGAAGCCAGGCACAGGCACACGAGGAAGCAAUGCCAGACCUACAGCAGGACACAAACGACGAGCAACCACUACAUUAUCUCGAGAUACGCGCAUUGGACGGAGUCCUCGACCAGCCCUUUCGCGUACCGUGUCGGAGACUAAUGAGAACCCCAUUUCAGCUUUACCACCAUCCAUUGUAAUCACCGCUGUGGAAACUUAUCGAAAGAAAUUUCCUAUCACGAACUUUCUACAUUACCCCUCAUUAAUUUCGGAUGUCUCAUCAAACUUCCAAUCAAUUGAUCCAGUUUUUAUUGCGUCGCUUCUCUCCCUAUGCGUGCGUUUCAUGAGCGGAGAUGGGCUCGCGGAUGAAGAGACGUAUGCCGGCUAUGCACGAAAACAUCUCGCCCAUCGUGUCAUGGAGGCCCCUUCACUUUAUCUUGCUCAGUCUCUUGUGAUGAUCUCUUUCUAUGAAUGGGGGACCGGUCGGCCUUAUCAAGCAUGGAUGUACAGCGGCAUGGCAACCUACAUGAUUCAAUCACUACUAAAAAUGUCCGAUGACAGCAUGGAACAUAGUCCACACGAAUUUCAUGCCUCUCAGACCCAGUACGAACAGCUUGUUCGUACCUACUGGUGUUGCUUUGCGCAGGACUGUGAGCUAAGUUCCGGUGCUCGACAACAUUUCGCAUUGUCAUUCUCUCAAAUAUCGGUCCCACUCCCUAUUAGCGACAGAGAUUUUACAUUCAAUCAUCUUCCUGAGAGGAGAUUGAUGCCUGCUGAUAUGAACAAGCAAUGUCCAUUGGCAAGAAACCUGACCAUAGAGCAUGGUCUAACAAUAGUAACACGUGGAUUUGAUAUUUUUGUGCGGAUUUUAAGAUUUGCCAAUGAACAUCGACGUGCUUUGGCCUCUUUAGACUCGGAUGACUCUACAUCGCCUCUUCUUCAGCUUUGGCAAACACUCAAGGGAGAGUUGGAUGAGUGGAGGUCUCUGCAAGAUAUGACCGUUCGAUACCCUGCAACGAGUGCCCAGGCACAUGUCGCUCUCGGAUAUGGAGAGCUUUUCGCUUACAUUAACCUGAUAUACUUCAUGAGUGUAUUAUUUCUUCAUCGUGAUCGUUUCCUCUCUAACCUCAAACCCCAUUCCGAUGUUUUCCAUGACAUGAAUGAUGAUGAACAGCAAGAGCCCGGGACAAUCAAAGAGCUUUUCGCGGCGGUGCAGAAUAUCAGCGGUGUCCUAUCAGCUCUAGAGGCAUCCGAAGCACCAGUGAUGACCCCCUAUUCGGGAUUUAGUGUCUUUGUAGCUGCACAUAUCAAUAUGUACGGAACAAUCGCACCGAUGCGAUACCCCGGCGGACUGGAGCGAGCUGAAGAAGAAAAGAGCAAAAACCUCAUAUACCUUGAGCGGCUAAGCCGGCUAUGGCCUGUCGGUCGAAGCUGGUGGCGGACGGUGCAAGAAGCCAAUCGGUUUUACGAAACAGUUAAGAGUAAUCAAGCACAUACUGAAGCUGGUAUGCACAGCCCUCGACGUUUUGCAUUGGCAGGCACCUUGGAUGAAUACGGUGAUAUUCGCUCGCGUCCAAAUCGCGAGAUACAUGCGAGUAGAUCUAUGACUGCGGAGCCAAGAGAAGCCGACGAUUCGCAUCAGUCUCAGGGCCAGAUCUUAUCUUCGCCAGUCCCAGAUACUGAAGCUGCAUUUACUUCUCGAGAGCAUUCUGGGCUUGCUCAUGACGUCGAAACAGAUAUGUUUCAAUGGCCUUUCAUUGACGCAUCAUGGUCUGCUGGUUUUGAUGCUGGAUUAGACGGGCUGUGGCACCACUCUGGGUUGUUUGAUGCAAAUCCAUCCUUGAGAUAA